AUGGCAUCCCCCCCCGGCUCCCCGGAGGAUGACUCCCUCUUGGCCGAGGGGCUGCAUGGCGUCUCCCUCGACGGCGCGGCGCCGAGCGGGGCGUUAUCACCCGAAGGCGACGGAUUGGAGGGCCGCCGGUGGGGCGAGGCGGACGCCCUGUCGAAGAGCUUCACCCUGGCGAGGAGAGCGGAGCCCAUGUGGCUGCCCCGCGUGGAGUGCGGGGCCCCGGAGGAGCCCGGCGUGGAGUACGCGUCCGUGGACGACUUUCGGGAUCCCGCCGUGAUCUACAAGGGCAGGCAAAGCGAAGUGGCUGUGACCACAUGCAAUGCCACUGGCAACCAAGUGGUUUUGAAAUCUUAUGUAAAGGAGAAAAUGCGCCAACGGCACUACAAAAACGUUCAGCGAGAAAUUGAGAUACUGAGAAUGAUGACGUGCGAAGGGUACUGCCUGCUUGACUGUGGUUCCCCAUGUGAAUAUCCUUGGACUCUGUUGCUGCCACAGCAUGCCAACACAUUGUUGUUGCACUUGGAAGGCGAUGCGCAGUGA